AUGUCUAAAAAUAUACAUGAUAUAAUACAUGAGGGACAAAGUACAGAAAAAAUUAAAGAAAGUGAUACUGAUGAGAAAUUAGCUUCUUCAUGUAGUAAAAUAAUUAGACAGACAAAACUGUGGUGCGCCCCAAAAACUAUGGGGCGACUUGUACAAAAUAAAAUCGACCGAUGUUUGGUAGAACUGAUUACUAGGGAUUAUCAGCCUAUUAGUAUAGUCGAGGAUAAAGGUUUUCGUAAUUUUGUGAACACUUUAAACCCAAGUUAUCAGAUACCAACGAGGAAAACCGUUAGUAACACUUUGUUACCAGAAAUUUAUGAAAAAAGAGUAAACAAAGUCCAAUCCAUAGUUAAAAAUGCCAAAUCUGUCACACUAACCACGGACUGUUGGACUUCAGUCAAUACUAUAUUAUUAGAGUGUUCUUGCUUUCCUGAAGCGCAUACAAGUGUGAACUUGGCAACUGAGUUAAACAAAAUUGUAGUGACUUGGGGUCUAGAAAAUAGAAUUUUGCUGGCUGUUACAGAUAAUGCAGCAAACAUUACCAAGGCUAUUAAAGAUUUAAAAUGGAGACAUUUUGGAUGUUAUGCGCGUACCAUCAAUUUAAUCGCCGAGGAUGCAAUUAUCAUAGUUGAACCACUUAUAAAAAAAGUAAGAACUCUAGUAGCUCAUUUUAAAAGGAGCACAUCAGCAGCAACAAAAUUAGUAGACAUCCAAAAGCAAUAUAGCAAAACUCCGAAAAAACUUCUUCAAGAUGUUCGAACAAGGUGGAAUUCCACAUUCUAUAUGGUGGAAAGAAUUCUCGAACUAGAGGAAGUAAUAAGAACAGUUUUAGCACUGUUGGACAAAGAAAAUUUGCCAAUUAUAUUUGUUGAAGAAUGGCAACUUUUAAAAGACGCCAAAAAGGUUUUGGAACCUUUGGAAUGCAUAACUAAAAUGGUAAGUGGUGAAAGUUAUAUGGUUUUAUCCUCUAUUAUUGUUUUAACAAAUGGACUAGAAAAUAUGAUUUCUGAAUUAAAAAAGGAAGAAUUAUUUGAACAAGCUCUUACUAUGGUGAAUAGAAUGUUACAUAGCCUUAAAUCACGCCUCGGAGAUCUAGAAAGUAGUAGAACCUUAACAAUAUCUACCUUUCUAGAUCCUAGAUUUAAAAAUAUAGCAUUUUCAAGUGAUUGUAUAUUAGAACGAACAAAAAAAGAGGUAAUAAAUUUAGUUGCAAAUAAGAUUCAAAAACAAGAAGCAGGUACCCGAAAUAAUCCAGAAAAGACUGAAAAUUAUUUCCCUAGUACGAGUACUGAUGAAUCUACGAGGGCUAAGAGUUGUUUAUCAAUAUGGACUAAUUUUGACCAAAAAGCAGCAACAGUUUAG